GUUUCAUUCCCUGCGUUGCUCAUUCUGGAAUUAGUCAAGUUAAAAGAAACACUAAGAACAAGAGACGCAGCAGAGUGGGAACGCAAAGCCGGAGCGGUUGUUUCCGACCGACGGAUAGAGUGGGUCGGACUAGUGCUGGUGACGCUCCCUGGGCCUCCCCUCCUUCCCUUCCCCGCCGCGGCCAAGGUCCCGGAUCCAAGAUGGCGUCGCUGAGUCAAGCGGGGCAGGAGAUGAGCCUGGCGGCCUUAAAGCAGCACGACCCCUACAUCACCAGCAUCGCCGACGUGACCGGCCAGGUGGCCCUCUACCGCUUCAGCCCCAAGGCCAACGAGUGGGAGAAGACUGACAUAGAAGGUACUUUAUUUGUAUAUAAAAGGUCUGCUUCACCUUACCAUGGAUUUACAAUUGUGAAUCGAUUGAACAUGCACAACUUGGUUGAGCCUGUAAACAAAGACUUAGAGUUUCAACUGCAUGAACCUUUUCUUCUGUACAGAAAUGCUAAUUUGUCCAUUUACAGUAUCUGGUUUUAUGACAAGAAUGACUGCCAUCGAAUAGCAAAACUCAUGGCCAAAGUAGUACAAGAAGAAACACAAAGAUCCCAGCAAGAUAAACAAAGAUCCCAACAAGAUAGAGGAAAUAUCAGUAGGAUUAACGGCUGCACCGAUAUCCUAGAGAUGCUUAGCAAAGCCAGGGUUGAAUAUGAACGGAACCAGAAAGGUGAAUUAAUCAGUGUGACACAACAAAGUGUAAAUCCCACAAAGGCCGAAAACGCAGAGACUUCAGAGCAUGGGUUAUCAAUGCUACUAAUGCAAGAUCAUCCAUGUCAAUCCAUACCUAAACAUCUAACAGUGGAAGAAUUAUUUGGAACUUCAUUACCAAAGGAACACUCUGCAGUUCCCUGUUGCAAUCCAGAGAGAACAGAGAAGGCUGACACCUCGUGUAGAGAGCACAGUUUACUUCUACCUUUUUCCUUUGAGCAAUCAACAGUAAUCCAUCAGCCUAUGGGAAAGCUGGACUGCCCAAGCUUCAGAAAUAAUGCUUCUACCUUACUGCCACUGGAGUGCAUGCCACCCUUACUAAUUGCCUCGCCUUCUGUUUCCCAGCCUGAAGUAAAUAAAGCUUCAAGCUAUACUGCACAACUAAGCCCUAUCGUUAAUUCAGCUGUGGCAACAGAAACUCCCUGUACACAAAUGCUUCAGGGCAUGGGUACAAACAAUAACAUAAUGCAAGUGAUGCAGCAAGCAGUCAAGCAGGUAUCUCCACUUGUGAAUCAAUCACUGUCUGAUAUGAACCACAGCCCACAAAAUAGAACUCCUGGUCAAAACCAGUUCUUAACAUCUUUGUCUGCAACAAAUACAGGAGACACAUCAAACACACCACUUCCAAACAUGGAUCUUCUUCAGAAACUCAGGUUGACCUCUCAGCAUGAUCAAAUGCAGCAAUCACUUAAUAAAACCCCAGUUGCACCAAACUCUUCAUCUGCCAUUAGUCAGUUGGCAACACCAGAUUGUUUCAAGGAAUCCCACAACAAGCAGCAGCCUCUGACUGGUAAAAUUAUUCCAUCUGUGCAGGUCAUUCAGCAAAACAAGGAGCUUGAAACAUUUCCACAUCACAAAGCUUUGUCAAAAGGAAACCAGGUUGCUUCUCCACAGUUUGCUGCAGCUACAACCACAAUGGUGCCCUCAGUCCUCUUAUCACCAAGUAUGUUCCAGCAGUCAGCUUUGAAAUCAUCUGAAACUGAAAGCAAAGUUUGUUCCUCUUCACCGCCUACCCUUGGAGCAGUAGAUGUUCAGGCAUUCCCUCCAACAGCUCUUAGUAGAUCUCAGCUUCAAGAAACUUUAAUACAUCUAAUAAAGAACGAUGAGAAUUUUCUCAGUACUCUUCAUGAAGUCUAUUUACAAGUUUUGACCAAGAAUGCAGACAGCAUCAAGUUAUAACUGCCGUGAAUUCAGCUCCACUGGAUUGCAUAUCUUCUUCAGAAAAAUGGAUGCCACAUCUGUAAAUCUGUACUCUUUUUGGAGACUGUUUUUAGUUCUGGAACUCUUGGUUUUAGCUUCCCAAUAGAUCUUGUUAUUUAGAAGAAUCAGAUGAGUAAUGUUCUCAGAAGUGAUACAGGUUUCACUGUGACAAAUCACCAGCAGGCUUUUAUUUCUGUAUAGGAAAAGUGGUCUUUAUGUUUAACAGCACAUUCAUUUUAAUGGCUUUGUGUAGUGUGAAAGUGUUCUAAUUUACACAUACACAAACACAUUAGAAUACUUAGUACAAAUGAUUUUUUUUUUUUUGCAUUAGAUUGAUAAGAAUUCUGAAACCAGCUGCUAAUUUACAAUAUACAGGUAACUGUAGGGCUUUGGAAAAUAAUGGAUAUGCAAUUCAAAAAUUCUGCUUUUAGCCUUAUAACUGGAGGGCCUUAGGGUAUUACUGACUGAUUUCCACAGAAUGCAGAGCUAAUAUGCAUAUUCCAUUUUUUUUUACUAAGGAAGUAUGAAAACUAGGUGGAAAAUGUACCUGGGAUAAUAUCUUUAGUAUGGUGUUUUGGUAGUGGUACAAUUUUAAAACAAAUAGUUUUAAAAUAUGAAUGAAUAGAACACCAUUGUGGUUACUUUACCCAGUCAUCCUCCCCUGUGUAAGUACAAAUGGUAAAAGAGGGUUUUCCUCUAUAAGGGAUGGACUGGUUCCAAAGUGGUGUGUGUAAUUCAUUCAUGAAGUGGUGUUACAUAAACAGUGUGGUCUUAGCUUCUCCCAAUAUUUUCCCCAUUUUUCCAGAUAUUAUGAACUUUUUUCAAAUAUGAGUUAAUAUUUCAUUGUUAAACUGCUAUAAAGAUCAAACUUCUUCACAAAGGAAGUCAGAUUCUGAUCUCCAUUUGUUUUAUAUGCUGCUAUGGGUCUCUCCAUGACUAGUAUUUAUUUCCUUAUGGCAUGUGAUAGUAGCUAGCAAUACUCUAAUGUAACAUAGACUUCAAUUUAUUCAAGCAAUAGUCAUUGUUAAAGGCUACUCUUUUCUGUCUCUUGGUAGUAAUAUCUUUGUUUUAUAUUAUGAAAAGCAAUUCUGUAGUCCAGUUAACCUGCACUGCUUAUUUUUCAAGGCAUUGUUGAAAUGGUGGAAGAGCAUCAUUUUGGUUUUGUGUAUUAUAAGAACUUUCCUGUGCAAGCCAUUCAAAUGCAUAAGGAUUCAAAAAGCCCCUAUUUACUCAGAGUUUACAAUGGGAGACAUAUUGGAUUAGAAUAUAUAUCUUAUUCUUAUGACUUUAACUGUGGGAAUGGUGGCAGCUUCAUUAUCCAGAUCCUAUUUACUCCAUCAAUCAAUUUUUGUGCUAUAUUUUGCUUUAACCCCAACUAGAAUAGACACAUUUCAGUCAGUGACACUAAAUAAGUGAUGGCUAACAAAUCAGAUAUUUAUUUGAAUAAGGCUUCUUUAUAUUUAUAUCCCAUAACUCCACCAUUAAUCAGUGUUUUUAUAUAAAUAGUGUGUUGAUUUUUUUAAUGAGUCAAAAUACGUACUUUGAUUUGAGUGAUUUUAGGUAGAUGUUUUUAUGUUUAGCAAAUUCUGCCUUUGGAGAGAACCUCUUCAGCCUUUGAACUCAGUGUUUCUAGUUAUAUAAACAUAGUAUUUUAUAUUGGAAGAGUGCAGAAUUCAGGGAAAUGUGUUAGUAGUGACAUGAACAUUCAACCAAUGUAUUGGCUUUAAUGGUGAGAUUUAAACGUGUCUUUUCAGGCUUUCUAGACCUUUUGUAGGAAACGUGAGAGCUGCCUAUUUGUAUGCUGGACAUUUAGCAAAUCACCCAUAUUUGCAUAUCAGCAAGAAAUGCUUGCUCCUUUCAAAUAGCCUGUUCCUUGGCUUUGUUUGGGAUAGUGCCAGUUGACCCAAAGCCACUCAUUACUUUUCAGUACAUUGCAAGUGUUUAUAUUGCCAUUUAUGGAUGACAAGCACUUAGCUGUUGGUAAUUAUUCUGAAUUAGAAAAAGAGAUCCUUCUCAAGUACGAAGAAGAUUGAUGGUGAAAGAGCAAGUUAGGCACAGUGAUAAUGAUGAAUUAAAGUUAAUUCAGUCUUUCAACAGGCAUUAUAUCCAAAGACGUAUAGAAGUGAAACUGUGUAAAGAUUUUGCUGAUACUGAAUGUACUGUUACAGUCCUUUGUUUUCAAAAUUAAUAUGAAAGGGAAUACUUCAAUGACAUUUCCAGUUAAGUUUUUCCUCAGUACACUUUAUACUUCCAUUUAUCAUUUUGCAUUUUAAUUCCCUAGAAACCUCAGUCAGUAGCUGGCAGAUCAGAGUUCUCAAGUGUUAGAGGCAUGUACAAUAGCAAGAAGUAAGUCUCUGUUUCCAAAGAGAAUGUCCUUAGCUAGAAGUUAUAAUGAAAGUUUAUCUAUUUUUGAUGGUAGAUUUGCAUCAAUUUUGAAUUUUACGCACAUCAAUGUUACAGCAUUUAUGUAUGUAGCAUGCAGAAGGUGGGGAAACAGAGUUGUACUACACAAUACAAAGCACUGUUAGCAACAUUCAAUGUACCACACUAGUGCUCUUAUUGCUUGUCAUAAUAUGACUAAGAGUAAUGAAAAAUCUUGUAAGCAUUGCUUUGGAAAACAAACUUGGCGCGAAAAUAACAAAUGUUUACAACUUGUGGAAAUCACUGGACAGUUUUAGUCUGGUUAACCUUAACUUUUUAAAGUCUAAGUUUGAAUCUGUAACAACACAUUUUAGUCUUGUUAACCUGCAUGCAAUAAUACCAAAUGCGUAAUUAACCAACUUGGGCCAUUUCAUUUGAACUCUUUUUGUAAGGCAUUCUGUAUUUCCUCAGAGUGGAUGGUAUUUUUAGACUAUAUCCUCAAAUGACUAUUCACUAUCUAAGCAUGUAAUUUUUUGUUAUCUAUAUGCAGCUUUUUGUUAAAAUACUUAAUAUUUGUCUACUCAAAAGUGGCUUUAAAACAUGCAGCUUAUUCAAAAACUGAUUGCUGUAUUAUAGGUCAAGGUUCUAACAACUGUUCCAUUAACUCUUUAAUAGUCUUUCAGAGAUGUGCCUAAUGGCUAUAUAUUUGUGGCAGACCUUACAGAAAUUAGUCUGCAAAGACCUAUGACAUAAUACGAAAUGGAAGGGCAGUUUACAUUGAUUUUCUAUUAUGAGAUGGAAUUUAAUCAUACUACCAACAUGCUAAUUUCUACUAUUAUGUAGAUUUUGAAUUUUUUGGGUUAGUGCAUUCAUGGAACCCACCAAUGCCAUAUAGGUAAGACAUAGUUAUUGAGAACCAGUUCAGGUAGAGUAUUUAAUGUGGAGUAAUUGGACACAAAAAACCCAGCCACCUCUUGUUGGCUACUGAGUUGCUUCUUAAGCAUAUCUUAAAGAGGAAUGUGUGCAAUAUAUAUUUCACCUCAGUUGUUGACAUCGUUGUGAAAAUGUUAAGAUGCAAUAUCUUCACUUUUAAGUGGGAAAACAAUUGCAAUAAUCUUCCCCUUGUAAUUUGUUUUUGUACCAAUUGAACAUUGUGAACACAUGGUGGUUCUUUGUUUUUAAAAAUGCACACUAUACUCAAUGUUGGGUUUUCGGCUUUAAUUUGCACACACGUACACAUUAAAGUUUGAGGUGCUUCAGAUCUUUGAGGUUUUAAGUAAUAGCUUAAUGGGGAAAGAAUGGGCAUGGUAUUUUCCAAAGGUAUAGCAACCACACCUGAAGAAUUAUUUAAGAUCAAAAGAAUUUUUGCUUUGUGGGAGGCUCAUAAGAGAAGUUUUAGGGACCAUUGGGGUAAAUGAACUCUUUUGCAGCCUCUUUUUAAUUGGUGCAAGUUAUUUGCACAGUUGUAGAUCAGAUAGUAGGACAUAAGAAUAUAUUGUUCCUAUUUGAAUCUUCAAAGUGUUGAUGCUGAACCUUUGCCAGAAUGAUUUAUGCCCAUUGGUUUUUGAGCUACUUUUUAACUGUCACCAUAAUGCAUCAUUAACAUUUCAGUAUAUGGAUAUGUGAUUUGUGCCAUCUUGUUACGUUGGCAAAUAUUAAGUUAUUGCAUAAAUGUUUAAGAGAGAACAUUUUUCAUUAAAAUUUUGUAUGUUUGCAAAUAUAUUUUUAUAAUAAAACUUCAAAGACAAA